GCGGCGCGGCAGUCGUUGUUGUGGAAGGCGUCGCUUGGCUUUGUGCUCGCAGCCGUUCUGUCACUGUUUUGUUUGCCUGCUGCCUGCCUGCUGCCUGUGCGUGUUGAUCCCCUUGGUUGUGCCGACCGAAUUUCUGAGCCAGUUUCUUCCCAAUCCACCCAAUCACCAUGACUUCAACCUCCUUCAACGUGGGCCUGGGAGAGGUGUCCCGCAAUUCCAGCAAGGUGCUGAAGCCCCCAGGUGGCGGUUCUUCCGACAUCUUCGGCGUGGGGGCGGGCGAAGCCCAGCAGUCGCCUCGCAAGGUGAAGCAGUACAUGGCGAGCAACAUCUCGCUGACUGACGGCCGCCCCCUUAGGCACUGGCCCAGGCUCCACGUCGUCCGCGGCCUCCACGGCGUCGUCCGGCGAGACUCCGUCUCCCGGCUCGCCCACCGGGUCGGCUCGCAACGAUGGCAACCCCGUGACUGGCGAGGGCUACAAGGCCCCGGCCGCCGCGGCCAACCGUAGCCGCGUGCCUCCAGGCGGCUACUCCUCCGGACUGUGGUGAAGGACGAAGGACGCCCAGCUCGCAGACCACCGCGACGCCUCAACUCGACAUCCGUCUCCACCGCCCGCCCGUGUCAUCCGUCCCUCCUACUACCGUCAUCUCUCUCUCUCUCCUUGUUGAUUUUAAAUUGUUUUAAACUUUUAAAUUGAAAAAAAAAAUUGACCAACUGUUUUAUUGAUUUGUCAGGAUGCGUUGAGUCUUCUCUGUACUUCAUUGUGAGAGCUUAAGUCUGCAACGGUUAUUUUUUUUUUCUGGAAAUUUGUUUGUGCCUGCCUGACACGGGGCUAAUGUAAUUUAACUUCGUUCAAAUUACAUAAAUAUUGUUUUCUUUUGUACUUUUUCACAUGAUUGUGUGUUAUCUGGAACGUUGGUAGAUGUAGUGCUUUUUUAUAUGUUUCUUUUGUAGAUUUGAUAAUGGGUUUCGUGAUGUAUCCGUUAAGCUAUUGAAGUUAGUUUGUCAGAGCUUACCAUGUCAGCUGAUGCAUGCGGCAUUAGGAGAAAGCGAAUUCAAAGUCUGAUUUUAAUGAUUUAUUGAAACAACUUUUCAGUCGAGUUGCUGAGAUAUUUGUGUACAUAUUUAUUAUUUAUGAAUAUUCCGGUUGCAAGGGAUUAAAAUUCAGGCUUUAGUUUGGUUUAAAUGCGCGUGUGCAUAUAUUCCUAAGAAGUGACUGCAAACAAUUAUGUUCCCGCUCCUUAACCUAAAUAAACAUUUUUACAUAAUGUCAA